GCUGGUCAUAUUUUCUUUACCCAAGGUAGCUAGACAUUUCCAUGGCUAGAAUCACUAUCAUAUCACUUCUUUACUUGCAUCAAUGUUUGAUCCUAGCCAUGCCAAAUCCUACCAACAUUACAACCGACCAAUCUUCUCUUCUUUUCUUGAAAGCCACCAUCACCUCCGACCCUCACCGGAUCUUGGCCGGAAACUGGACGGCGAAAUCCUCUGUUUGCGGCUGGGUUGGAGUAAAAUGUGACUAUCCGCGACGACAAAACAGCCUUAGAGUUGUGGCCUUAAAUCUUGCUGACAUGGAUCUUUCCGGCCUACUCCCGCCGCAACUAGGAAACCUCACAUUUCUCUCCGUUCUUGAUUUGACCCACAACCGUUUCACCGGCCACCUGCCGGAAGGGAUGGCUAACUUGCGGCGGCUUCGGGUGUUGGACCUUGGGUCAAACCAGUUCGCCGGAGAGAUUCCUUCGUGGCUUUCUUUGUUCCCUAAACUCCAAGUUUUGAGUCUCGCCGGUAACAAUUUCACCGGUUUGGUUCCCCAAGAAGCUCUCUUUAAUAUUUCCGGUCUGGAAGUUUUGGACCUAUCAAAGAAUGGGUUGAAAGGCAUAAUUCAAGGGGCGGAGAUGUGCCGUGGACUACGGAGACUGAGAAGUCUUGACUUAUCGAGCAAUGAGUUUCAUGGACCGAUCCCAUUAUCCAACGGUUCAGAUUGCACGCAACUCAUAAGGGUGUACCUUUACCAAAACAACUUUGUGGGGUCCAUACCUAAAGAGAUUGAAAGGCUCCAAAAGCUGGACACCCUAAUUCUUGACAAGAAUAAUCUAUCAGGGGAAGUUCCAAAGGAAAUUGGUAACCUUGUCAAUUUGAGGAUUUUCCAAGCAGCUCACAACCACAUUGAAGGGCCACUACCCCACUCCAUUAGAAACAUGUCAUCAUCCCUACAAAAAAUUGUAUUGCAAAAUAACCAACUCAAUGGGGCCAUACCUACAUGGUUUGGAAACUUAACAUUUCUCAAGGUGUUGGCACUCCAUGGCAAUAAAUUCACAGGUUUCAUACCUCAAGAGAUGACAAAGCUCACACAACUAGAGGUGGUGGAUCUAAAAGAUACUGAUCUAAGCGGUCCCAUACCAGAUGGAUUUUUCAACAUUUCAACGCUUAAAUUAGUUAACUUGGGCAGUAAUCACCUAUCUGGAAAUUUAGCUCCAAGUUCAGCUUUUGUGUUGCCAAAUCUUGAGAAGCUCAUUCUUGCUCAAAAUGAUUUGAGUGGUUCUAUACCACCCUCAAUUUCAAAUGCCACGAAACUUGCACUCCUGAGCCUAUGGGAUAAUCAUUUAAGUGGUUCAAUUCCAGACUCUCUCGGGGAGCUUAAGGUCCUUGAGGCCUUAGAUGUUGGUGGGAACAACUUGACAAAUAGGAACUCAGAGUCUCAAGAGUUGAGCUUCAUCACACCCUUGACAAAAUGCAAACACUUGAAAUCUUUGGAAGUCUAUGACAAUCCAUUCCAUGGCAUUCUUCCCAAGUCAGUGGGCAACUUUUCUUCUUCCUUUCAAAACUUCCACGCUUACAAUUGCGGGAUUUACGGAACUAUCCCGCUUGAGAUAGGGAAUUUGAGCGGUCUUUCAGUGUUAAGUAUAUUCGGGAAUGAUAUGACAGGAUCCAUUCCAGUCACAGUUCGUGGGCUAAAGGAGCUCCAACAGAUGGAUUUGAGUGUUAAUAGAUUUUCAGGACCAUUGUCUAGUAGCCUUUGUGAUCUACCAAACUUGGGAACAAUUUACUUGUUUGAGAAUCAACUUUAUGGUCCGAUACCGAGUUGUAUUGGGAAUCUUACAUCGCUAAUAAUACUUCACCUUGGUGGUAAUCGCCUUAACUCCACUCUACCAUCAACUCUUUGGAAUCUUAAAAAUAUUUUGCACCUAAACUUGUACUCCAAUUCCUUUAGUGGUAGUUUAUCCACGGAAGUCGGGAACUUGAAGGCAGCUAUUGUCAUGGAUUUGUCCGAAAAUCGGUUCUGGGGUGGUAUCCCCGACUCCAUUAGUGGCUUAGUGAAUCUUAUCAAUCUUUCGUUGGCACACAACAAUUUCGAAGGUCACAUACCAUUGUCAAUUGGUGGCAUGUUGAGUUUAGUGACACUAGACUUGUCUCGCAACAAACUUAGCGGCGUUAUUCCCAUUUCAUUCGAGAAGCUUACUUAUCUUUCCAUUUUAGACGUCUCUUUCAAUUCCUUAUCUGGUGAAAUUCCAUCUAAUGGCCCUUUCAAGAACUUCACAAACCAAUCGUUUCUCUUCAAUAAUAAUGAAGCAUUGUGUGGAGAUGAUCCCAAGUUUGAUGUCCCGCCUUGCCAAGUAAACUAUGGACAACGAAAGAGGAAAAGGUUGAAUCACAAAGUAAUGUUGGCAAUCGGAAUCUCAACAAUAACUGUAAUUUUUUUUGUGGCAGGACUAAUCAUACUAGUGUUUUUACAGAGAAAAGGUAAGACUAAAGAAGAGGGUGAAGAACAUGGGUUAUUGCCAUUAUACUCUUUGGAGAGAGUCUCAUACAAUGAACUCUUGCGAACAACUGAUGGGUUUAAUCACUCUAACAUCAUCGGUGAGGGGGCCUCUGCAGUUGUUUAUAAGGGAACAUACAUUGAUGGGAUUAAUGUCGUCAUUAAGGUAUUCAAAUUGAAAAAAGAAUGGCCUCUAAAGAGCUUUGAGAGGGAGUGCAAAAUACUACGUAACCUUCGCCACCGAAAUCUCACGAAGGUCCUGAGUUGUUGUUCAAACUCAGAAUUUAAAGCUAUGGUCUUAGAAUACAUGCCUAAAGGGAGCCUAGAGCAAUGGUUAUACGGUGCAAACUGUUUCCUUGACUUGAUUCUUAGACUAAAUAUUAUGAUUGAUGUGGCAUAUGCCCUCGAGUAUCUGCAUCAUGGGUGUCAAAUGCCAGUUGCUCAUUGUGAUCUAAAACCAAGUAAUGUGCUCUUAGAUGAAGAAAUGGUUGGUCAUGUUGCUGAUUUCGGCAUAGCCAAAUUGUUGUGCAAUCACGAUAGUGUUGCAUUUACAACUACUUUUGCUACAUUGGGCUACAUAGCACCAGAGUACGGGAUGGGAGGCUUGAUUUCAACAAGUUGUGAUGUUUAUAGUUACGGAAUCAUGUUAAUUGAAACAUUCACAAAAAGAAGGCCAAAUGAUGUGAUGUUCUCUGAAGAUAGAAGCUUGAUUAGUUGGGUUAAUGAUGCUUUAUGUUCACCAAAUGGAGUAAUUGAAGUUUCCGACUCGAAUCUUUUUGGACCAAAUGAAGAUAAGCAGAGUAAGAAAACUGAGUGUUUGACAUUAAUACUUAAAUUGGGUGUAAGAUGUUGUGCAGAAUCUCCAAAAGAAAGGAUGAGUAUAAAGGAUGUUGUUUCAUCUCUUGAAAAGGUUAAACUUAAUUUCAUGUUUAAGUGAUAUUGGCGGAGUGUCGAUCAAGAGCUAAAUUCUAAAUGAGUUGAGCAUAAUAGGAUAUGUUCACUCGUGGAUCUAGAAAUAAAAGUUAUCUGAUUUGUAGUGAACAUAAAUACUAUAUAUGUUAUACCCACAUACGUAGGUAGGUGGCUAUGUCAUAUUCAUAUACAUGCCCAUCGUAUAAUUAGUAAUUAUUAUAUUUUGGAGUGAUUUUUUGUGUGUGAAAAGUUAAAUAGAUGUAUUAUUUUAUAAUGAUUCUUUUAACGCAUAUUCAUUUUUGUACCUUACGCGGAG